AUGUCCCACCGCAAAAACAAAGCAGUCGGCCUAGCAGCCUUCGACCGCUCCCGCCUCACCUCCGCGCAAUACGCCACGCACGGCUCCGCCCUCCGCUCCUCGCAAGCCUCGGCUCUCGAAACCCAACUCUCCGUCUUCCGCUCCCUGUUACAACAAUUCGCCGCCACGCACGCCAAAGACAUCAAGUCCAACCCGACUUUUCGCGCGCAGUUUGCGCGCAUGUGCACGGCUAUCGGGGUGGAUCCGCUUUUGGCUAGUAGUGGGCAUGGCGACAGUAAGGGAAAGGGGGAUAGUAUGUGGGCGCAGUUGUUGGGGCGGACGGUGAAUGAUUUUUAUUUUGAGUUGGCUGUGAGGGUGGUGGAGGUUUGUGGGGAGACGAGGGGGGAGAAUGGGGGGUUGAUUGAGGUGGGCAUGGUUAGGGAGAGGGUGGUGAGGGGACGGGUGGAAGGGAUGGGGGUGCAGGGGGUUACUGAAGAUGAUAUUCUUCGUGCAGUCGGGACACUCAAGCCUCUUGGAUCGGCAUACUCGGUUAUCAAGGUCGGAAGCAAGCAGUACAUCCGGUCUGUGCCCAAGGAGCUGAAUACGGAUCAGAGCGCCGUGCUGGAGGCUGCCCAGGUGUUGGGAUACGUCAGUGUGUCGAUGUUGAUGGAUAACUUGCGAUGGACGAGAGCACGAGCGCAAACGGCGCUGGAGGAUCUCGUGGGCGAGGGUAUGCUUUGGGUCGACAAGCAGGGCAUUGAGUGGGAGUAUUGGAGCCCUGGGUUUAUGCUUGAAGGUGAUCUUCCCUUGGAAGGCUUUGACUGA